UUUCUUGCAACCUUGCUCUUUCUUUUCCCUUUCUAUUUUCCCACUCAAAACACAAACUUGUGCCCACAGCCCUUCCCACACGCGCCGCCGGUCGUCACCCCCCUACCCACACGCACACCACGCGCGAAAGAUGCGCCGGCGCGCCUUCCUCCUCCUCCUCCUCGCCCUCGCUGCGUGCCUCCCACGCGCCGCUCCCAAGUCGACAAUCGAGCCCUGCUCCGACUCCGGCGCCUGCUCCGCCCUCGUCGGCUACACCCUCUACACCGACCUGAAGGUCUCGGAGGUGGCCUCCCUCUUCGCCGUCGAUCCCGUCGCCCUCCUCCUCGCCAACGCCGUCGACGCUUCCCUCCCCGACGUCGAGAACCGCAUCCUCCCCUCCCAGCUCUUCCUCAGGGUCCCCGUCCGCUGCGCCUGCGUCAACGGGAUCCGCCAGGCCGCCGCCGUCGCCUACCGGACCCUCCCCUCCGACUCCCUCGCCUCCAUAUCCGCCGCCGUCUACGGCGGCCUCGUCUCGCCGGAGCAGAUCCUGGCGGCAAACCCUCACGCCGGGAUCACCGACCCCGAUGGCAUCCUCCCCGGCGGAGCCCGGCUCAGCAUCCCACUCCCCUGCACCUGCUUCAACAACACCGACAACAAUCUCCCGGCAGUUUACAUGUCCUAUGUUGUGCGAACGGCCGUGGACACCUUGUCAGGGAUUGCUGCCAGGUAUCUGACCACCGUCACAGAUUUGAUGAAUGUCAAUAGCAUGGCCAGCCAGGAUAUUAAGGAUGGUGAUAUUCUUGCAAUCCCUUUGUCUGCUUGUGCAUCGAAUUUCCCGACCUAUAGUGAGGACUACGGCUUGGUUGUUCCCAACGGUAGUUACGCUAUCACCGCAAGUCACUGUGUUCUCUGCAGUUGUGGGCCCGGAAACCGCAAUUUGUACUGUGAGCCAGCCCCAUUGGAAGUUUUUUGCUCGAGCAUGCAAUGCAGAAAUAGCAAUCUCAUGAUCGGUAAUAUUACCGCCCAACAAUCCUCGGCCGGUUGCAACGUGACUUCUUGCGGUUACAGUGGAUUUGUGAACGGGAGCAUUUCCACAACGUUGUCCACAUACCUACAACCUAGAUGCCCAGGACCUCAGCAGUUUCCAACGCUUAUUGCUCCACCGACAACUGUCCCGGGAUUAUAUUCUCCGGCUCCAUCCCCAUCAGAACCUGGAGGCAUUAUUCCAUCAACCAACACAGUGCCCUCGUCUAUUGGGCUUCCACCGACUGGUGGGCCCACUGGGCUCAUGUCCGGUUCGUCUGGCGCUUGCUCCUUAAUGGGCCACUCUACCGGAUUUAUUGUAAUGCUGUUGUUAGUCUUAGGUUUAGUUGUCGAGUGUUUGUUUUAUCGUCCGUAGAGCUGCUGUAGUUUCGUGGUUCUGAGUAGUGGAAUUGUGGAGCUUUGGGACCUUGAUUUUGUGUACUUUUUCUUGAUUGGUUAUGAAAUGGUCCCCUGAGUGUAAUUUGUAUUUGGUCAGUUUGUUAGGAUUGCUUGAAAAACUUGGGAUUUUUUUUUUUUUUUGUUUUCAUGUGUUGCUAAAAAUUUUCUGGCAAUUUUUUGAGCUUAUAUGGUAGUGUUCAAACAUUUUACUGUGUAGUUUCCUUUAGUACUAAGGUCUAACCUAUUUACUGUUAGAACGGAAUGAAUGAUAAACCAACCCCUGAG